UUUUAGGUCUCGAGAUUUUUCUAUGAACGCCAAGCACACUUCACCGAUUUCAUACAUUCUGCACUUUAUUCACCAGCAAACAGCCUAAAUGAAGUCUGAAAUAAGUGAUUGGAAAUAUCUUAAUCCUGUCAAAAUAAGGAGCAACACGUUAUUCCAGAACACACGUUAUGAUAUCAAUGACAAAUGUCUUUUUGCGUCAUCCCCUUAUGGAGGUUCUAUAGCGAUUGCGGUACCAGAUACUUCUUUUUGGAUUGUUACGAUAAAGACAAGCUCAGGAAAAAUACUUUCAACCAUCAGAGCUCACAAUGUGCAUUCCCUGUAUUGGACUCGUUGUCACAGACUUGUAAUCGUUAACAUUCGUGGCCGUGUUCUCGUUUACACUCCUCUUGGCAAGCUCAAAUAUCAGUUCAUAAUCGAUGAGGAGAUUACCGUUACUGAAACACGUAUAUAUCACGGAGGAAUGGGUAACACUGGUUUAGCAGUCAUUUCCGACAAUAAUAGGAUCUAUGCUGUCAACUCAGUUAUGGAAGCAGUCCCAUGGCGCAUUCCAGAUAUUGCAAAAGGAACUCACCCAUCUGCCUGGAAUGUACUUACUUCUCUACAAGUGACCGUUUUAUUUAUUAUUGGUAAUGCGUUCUAUGCAGGCGUGCAAGGGAUUUCACCACACCUUUUGGAUCUUUCAUGGAAGAUCGAUAAUGGCGAAUACGUAAAUAUUGUUCCAAACUGGGAUAGUUCUCGAAUGGCUCUACUUCAUUCGAGCUUUGUUGUUCAAAUUAUUGAUUCAGAUUUUUCACUUCUUUGUACUUUAUCUAUUUGUACCGUGGGUGAUUCGAUUAUAAGAUCUAGUCUUACAUGGUGUGGCAGUGAGGUAGUGGCUUUGAAACGUACUCAUCAGUCCUUAUAUCUAAUUUCCCUGUGCUCGGAGACGCAUAUAUAUGACUUCGAAAGUUCUGUGCAAAUUGAUAUGGAGCUUGAUGGUAUUAAAGUUUUCACUACAAAUGAAUUUACUCUUUUAUCGCAAGUACCAGAUGCAGUUGGUGAUGUACUGGGUGUCGCAUCACCGGAACCUGGGGCCAUUUUAUACGAAGCUUCUGAGAAACUCAUCGAAGGAACUUACGGUGUUUACGAGUAUAUAAACAUGAUUGAAGAUCAAAUGGAGAAGGCCAUACAGCAAUGUCUUUUCGCUGCAGCGCAUCAGUUUGAUACUAUUUUGCAAAAGAAAAUGCUGAGGGCGGCAUCACUUGGGAAAUCAUUGUUGCGGCGGCAGGACGCUUCACAGUUCGUUGACAUGUGUCGUGUUAUGAGGGUGCUGAACUUUUUGCGAAAGCCGUAUAUUGGAAUGGCAUUGUCAUUUGCGCAGUUAGAAGAGCUGAAAAUGAGUGCCCUGAUUGAUCGCCUUACAGAUUUGGGACAGUGGCCUUCAGCACUAUCCAUAAGCAGGUAUAUGAAGGUGCCCUGCAAAAAUGGAGUUCAUCGGAUAUUAGCUCAUUGGGCACUGAAGAAGAUUGAGAUGGCGAAAGCGGCAAAAGAAGCUGGGAAAAUACUUGAUUUUAAAGUCUUAUCAGAAAUGAUUGUCAGCAAAUUUACAAAUUACCCUGAAGUUAGCUUUGCAGAUGUUGCAAUGAAAGCUGCUAGUGCCAAUUUAAACGAAUUAGCUGAACUUUUGUUAGACAGAGAAACAUGUCUUAACAGACAGGUCGAAAUGCUUACGAAAUUGAAUAAAAUUGAUCGAGCUUUAGCAAAGGCUGCAAAAAGCCAGCAGCCGGAUCUUUUGCACUAUGUUCUAACUUAUUUGAAAAGAACACAGAAGAAGGAAGUCAUUGAUCACCUUGUGUUGAAAUUGCCACAGGCUCUUUGUCUCUAUCAGGAUUAUUUAAAGGAGGAAGCACCUCGUCAUCUUCUGGCAUUGUAUGUGCAGAAAGACGAUUUUGCCCGUCAGUCGUUGUACUAUUUGAAGGAAUCCGAAUCUACACCGUGGAAUCCUUUCGAUAAUAAGGAUAAAAUAGAAGGAUUGUUGAAAGCAGAAAUGAGCUUGAAUAAACUGAAAGAGCAUACGACAGCUCAGUUGGCUGCUGAAACAGCUGAAUUAUUUAGAGUAUGUGAAACUUUGGACGGAAAACCUGAUUUUAAUGAUGUUGACAGAACGAGUAUUAGAUGUGUUUACAUAUGGGCUGUGGGACAUCGAGAAGAUAAUUUGGCGGAACUACUCAGAAAGAAAUUUAAAUUAACUGAGAAAGCAUUAUACAUAUGGAAGAUUGAAAGCUAUGCUCGUAAUAAAUUAUGGCAUCAUCUUGAAAGCUUAUUCAGGUCCAGAAAGGUUCUCACAAGUUACAUGCCAUUUAUCGAAGCCUGUGCACGUUAUGGGAAUGAGCCUUUGUGUAGAUCAUUCAUCGAGAAACUUACAAAUCCCGUGGAAAUAGUCGAAAGCCUGCUAUUGUUGGAAAAGCCAGCUGAAGCUGCAAAUUAUGCUGCUGAGAAGAAAUUAUUUGUCGCACUUGAAAAAAUUUAUGCCCGAUAUCGAGGAAAUAAAGAAGUUGCUCCAGUUGUUACACAAAUUUUGAAUGCUACAAGGAAGGCCUGAAAUCAUUUCAGCAUUAUUGUUUCUGUGUUAUCAUCCACCAGUUUUGCCAGGGCUUUCAGUGCAGCAUUUUCCUUUGAUGGAUAAAACAUAUAUUGGACUUAGCUAAACAUGUUUUUGAAGCCGAAUCACGAGACUGCUGUUAAAUUUUUUUAAAAUUCAUUUACUGAUUACUUGUUAGUGGAACACCUGAAAAAUUAUGGGUCAUAAGUUCACAUGACGAAUUGGAAUAGAUUAAUAUUUAUGAAUAUG